CUGAGGCAGGCUGCCUGCCGUGCCAUGUAACAAGUCGCAAGAGCAGGGAAACCGGCAAGGCAGACAGACGUCAUACGUCUCGCCGCAUUUAUAUACGUAUCCAGCUUCAUCGACGAGCUGAUCACCAUUCUUUGCCGCAUUGAACCCCUCGACAAGGCAGACCGCUCCAGAAAAUGGCAUCCACAGCCACCGUUGUUUCUGUUUUCGCGGGCCUCGUGGCCUUGCUUGCUGCCUACGCCUACUUCUUCGGCAUCUCGCCCGCCGUCAAACGCCAGAUGGAGGAGAAGGCGCUGAAGACGAUGGGGGAGAACAAAGCAUCCUACCUCGUCAAAGACCAAGUCAACAAGCUGCCUGCCUCGGAUCAAAAAGAUGUGAAAGAAGUCAAGAAGGGUCUGGGCAAUCUGGCCGGUGGUUCUCUCCAGAACCCCGUGGGCAAGUUUGCUGGCGACACUGCAGACGAAGCCACGCGUCCUUUGACCGGCCGUUGAGCAGAGAUUGGGUGCAGGAUUCUAAGCGGCGUUGGAUUUUUCCAAUCCCUCGUUGUUGGCUGGUACACGUAGCAGCCAUGAAGCUAGCUUUACGAUGACAAUGACAGACACGAAACGACGAAUUUUCCACUCUGCUCUUUGAGUUAUCGUCUGGAUUAUCAG